UAGAGUAUGCCUUCCUCAUCAUUUUCACAAUAGAGACAUUUCUGAAGAUUAUUGCCUACGGUCUGGUGAUGCACCAAAACUCCUACGUCAGAAACGGCUGGAACAUGCUGGACUUUGUCAUUGUCAUUGUGGGGUUGUUCAGUGUGGUUCUGGAGAUGAUAACCAAAGAUGCAGAUUCUGGUGGUCAGUCUGGAGGCAAACCUGGAGGGUUUGACGUCAAGGCCCUCCGAGCCUUUCGCGUGCUACGACCCCUUCGCCUUGUCUCUGGAGUUCCCAGUUUACAGGUGGUUUUAAAUUCCAUUAUUAAAGCCAUGGUUCCCUUGCUUCACAUCGCUCUGCUGGUCCUCUUUGUCAUUAUUAUCUAUGCCAUCAUUGGCCUGGAGCUUUUUAUUGGCAAAAUGCAUGCCACCUGUUACAUGACAGAAACAGGUGCCCUCGCAGAGGAAGAGCCGGCGCCAUGUGCAAUAUCAGGGCAUGGGCGUCAUUGCCUUCUCAAUGGUACAGUUUGCCGGGAGGGCUGGCAAGGCCCCAACAAUGGCAUCACCAACUUUGACAACUUUUUGUUUGCCAUGCUCACUGUGUUCCAGUGCAUCACCAUGGAAGGCUGGACUGACGUUCUCUACUGGAUGAAUGAUGCAAUGGGCUUUGAGCUGCCGUGGGUCUACUUUGUCAGCCUCGUCAUCUUUGGAUCCUUCUUUGUUCUUAACCUGGUUUUGGGUGUGCUGAGUGGAGAGUUCUCCAAAGAGCGAGAAAAGGCCAAGGCUCGAGGUGAUUUCCAGAAGCUGCGUGAGAAGCAGCAGUUAGAAGAAGACCUGAAGGGCUACUUGGACUGGAUCACCCAGGCAGAGGACAUCGACCCUGAGAACGAGGAGGAGGGAGAUGAGGAGGGCAAGCGUAACCGGGUCACGCUGGCUGACCUUACUGAGAAGAAGAAAGGAAAGUUUGGCUGGUUCACUCAGUCCACAGAGACACAGGCGAGCAUACCCACAAGUGAGACAGAAUCAGUGACCACAGACAAUCACAACGGAGAGGAAGACAAAUCACCAUGCUGUGGUCCACUGUGUCAAAAAAUUACUAAAUCAAAGUGCAGCCGUCAGUGGCGUCGAUGGAACCGUUUCUGCCGCAGGAAGUGUCGCGCAGCUGUGAAAUCGGUGACCUUUUAUUGGCUCGUCAUCAUCUUGGUGUUCCUCAACACUCUUACUAUCUCGUCUGAGCACUACAACCAGCCAGACUGGCUGACUGAAGUACAGGAUGUUGCCAACAAAGUUCUUCUGGCCUUGUUCACCUUGGAGAUGCUGGUGAAAAUGUACAGCUUGGGAUUGCAGGCCUACUUUGUAUCCCUGUUUAACCGCUUUGACUGUUUCGUGGUGUGUGGCGGCAUCGUAGAGACCAUCCUGGUGGAGUUAGCGAUCAUGUCUCCUUUGGGUAUCUCUGUAUUGCGCUGCGUACGCCUCCUUCGAAUCUUCAAAGUCACACGUCACUGGGCAUCUCUCAGUAACCUGGUGGCCUCUCUCCUCAACUCCAUGAAGUCCAUCGCAUCCCUGUUGCUGCUGCUUUUCCUCUUUAUCAUUAUCUUUUCCCUGCUUGGCAUGCAGCUUUUUGGGGGAAAGUUUAACUUUGAUGAAACUGUGACUAAAAGAAGCACUUUCGAUAACUUCCCCCAGGCCCUUCUCACUGUUUUCCAGAUCUUGACAGGAGAAGACUGGAACACAGUAAUGUAUGAUGGCAUCAUGGCAUACGGUGGUCCUGCCUCCUCUGGAAUGGUCGUCUGCAUUUACUUCAUCAUCCUCUUCAUUUGUGGAAACUACAUCCUGCUAAAUGUUUUCUUGGCCAUCGCCGUUGACAACCUGGCAGAUGCAGAGAGCCUCAACACAGCGCAGAAAGAGGAGGAAGAGGCAAAGAAGAGGAAGAAUAGUGCCAGGGAUGCAAGCGCUGAUAAGAAGAGAUGUGACAUAGCAGAAAGCAAAGAUGGCGAGACCAAGGUGCCGCUGGAGGGCUUGCAAGAGGAAAACAAAGAGUUGUAUCCUUCCAGUGAGUCUCCAGUGUGUGAUGAUGGUACCGACAAUGACGAGCUCCCAGAAGUCCCGUCUGGGCCUCGGCCUCAGCGACUUUCUGAACUCACCAUCAAAGAAAAGAUUCCACCCAUCCCCGAAGGCAGCGCCUUCUUCAUUUUCAGCAGCACAAAUCCGUUUCGUGUAUUCUGCCAUAAGCUGAUCAACCAUCAGAUCUUCACCAACCUCAUCCUGGUCUUCAUCAUGCUCAGCUCUGUCUCACUGGCUGCCGAAGACCCCAUCCGCAACUUCUCUGCUCGCAAUAUCAUCCUAGGCUAUGCAGACUAUGUCUUCACUAGUAUGUUUACAUUUGAGAUCUUUAUUAAGAUGACAGCAUUUGGAGCAUUCCUUCAUAAAGGGGCGUUCUGUCGAAACUACUUUAACCUAUUAGACCUGCUGGUCGUUGGUGUGUCUCUGGUGUCUUUUGGCAUUCAGUCGUCCGCCAUCUCAGUGGUGAAAAUUCUUCGUGUUUUGCGAGUUCUUCGUCCUCUCAGGGCCAUCAACAGAGCUAAGGGACUCAAGCACGUGGUCCAGUGUGUAUUUGUGGCCAUCAGGACCAUUGGCAACAUCAUGAUCGUCACCACUCUGCUGCAGUUCAUGUUCGCUUGUAUCGGAGUGCAACUUUUUAAGGGUAAAUUUUAUCGAUGCACAGAUGAUGCAAAGUCCAGCCCAGAUGAGUGCAAGGGUACAUAUAUUCUCUACAACAAUGGUGACACUGCGCUGCCCAUGGUGAAGGAGAGGAUCUGGUAUAACAGUGAAUUCAACUUUGACAACGUCCUCAUGGCCAUGAUGGCUCUUUUUACCGUUUCCACCUUUGAAGGAUGGCCCACUCUGCUGUACAAGGCCAUCGACUCCAACAGGGAGAACAUGGGCCCUAUCUACAACUACCGCAUCGAGAUCUCCAUCUUCUUCAUCAUCUACAUCAUCAUCAUUGCCUUCUUCAUGAUGAACAUCUUUGUUGGUUUUGUUAUUGUUACGUUCCAGGAGCAAGGGGAAAAGGAGUACAAGAACUGUGAGCUGGACAAAAAUCAGCGUCAGUGUGUCGAGUACGCUCUUAAAGCUCGUCCUCUUCGGCGCUACAUUCCCAAAAACCCCUACCAGUACAAGUUCUGGUAUGUGGUGAACUCCACCGGCUUUGAGUACGUCAUGUUUGUCCUAAUCAUCCUCAACACCUUAUGCCUGGCCAUUCAGCACCAUGGUCAGUCUCAUUUAUUUAACUAUGCCAUGGACAUCCUGAACAUGGUGUUCACUGGGGUUUUCACUGUAGAGAUGAUCCUCAAGCUGAUUGCCUUCAAGCCCAGAGGCUAUGUCGGGGACGCCUGGAACGUCUUCGAUGCUCUGGUGGUGAUUGGCAGUGUAGUCGACAUCAUACUCAGCCAGUCGGCAGCCAUUCCUGUUGUCAAGGUGAUAGUGGAGCCAGGGAACACAGAGGACAGCGCUCGCAUCUCCAUCACCUUCUUCCGCUUGUUCAGGGUGAUGCGAUUAGUCAAACUGCUGAGCAGGGGUGAGGGAAUCAGGACUCUCCUGUGGACCUUCAUCAAGUCCUUCCAGGCUCUUCCCUAUGUCGCACUCCUGAUAGCCAUGCUGUUCUUCAUCUACGCUGUAAUUGGAAUGCAGGUGUUUGGGAAAAUAGCAAUGGUAGAUGGGACACAAAUCAACCGCAACAACAACUUUCAAACUUUUCCCCAAGCUGUCUUGAUGCUGUUCAGGUGUGCUACAGGCGAGGCCUGGCAGGAGAUCAUGCUAGCCUGCAUGCCAGGCAAGCUGUGUGAUUCAGAGUCAGACUACAACCCUGGGGAGGAGAGGACCUGUGGCAGUGGCUUUGCCAUUAUCUACUUCAUCAGCUUCUACAUGCUCUGUGCUUUCCUGAUCAUAAACCUGUUUGUUGCUGUCAUCAUGGAUAAUUUUGACUAUCUGACCCGUGAUUGGUCCAUUCUCGGGCCGCACCACUUGGACGAGUUUAAAAGGAUCUGGUCAGAAUACGACCCAGAAGCAAAGGGCAGGAUAAAGCAUCUCGAUGUAGUUACUCUACUGAGGAGGAUCCAACCCCCGCUGGGCUUUGGGAAACUUUGCCCUCACAGAGUGGCCUGUAAGCGUCUGGUGGCAAUGAACAUGCCCCUGAACAGUGAUGGAACUGUAAUGUUUAAUGCCACCCUGUUUGCUUUGGUCCGCACUGCUCUCAAGAUAAAGACUGAAGGGAACCUGGAGCAAGCCAAUGAGGAGCUUAGAGCUGUGAUCAAGAAGAUCUGGAAGAGGACCAGUAUGAAGCUACUGGACCAAGUGGUGCCUCCUGCAGGCGAUGACGAGGUAACAGUGGGGAAGUUCUAUGCCACCUUCCUGAUACAGGACUACUUCAGAAAGUUCAAGAGGCGCAAGGAGCAAGGUCUUGUGGGAAGGCGCUCAUGGGAGAGGCUGAAUACCACCUUGGCUCUACAGGCUGGCUUGCGUACACUACAUGACAUUGGACCAGAAAUCCGUCGUGCCAUAUCGUGUGACCUCCAGGAGGAAGGACUAGUAGAUGAAAAUGCAGAGGAAGAGGAGGAAAUCUACAGACGUAAUGGCAGCCUUUUUGGGAACCAUGUCAACCACAUAGGUGGGGAUCAGCAAGGCUCUUCUCACCCCACCACCGUCACACAGCGGCCACUACAGAUCCUGCCCUUCUCCAGCGCUGCCUCGACCGAGCCCCCGCAAAUCGUCAGGAGAGCCAGCAGUAACGAUAGAGAAGGAGAGACCGAACUGAACUCUUCACCAAUCCUGUGCAAUCAACUUCAUCACACCACUCAUUACCCUCACUGUAAUUCCACUUGUGUUCAGUCGCCAAUACCUUCCAAUGCCAACCUCAACAAUGCCAAUGUGCCCUCACUUCUCUCCAUGACCAUUGCGAGGCAGCAGAAGUGUUUAAUACGGAGUCGCCCAUCCUCCACCAGAAACGCAUCAUCAACAACUACUUACAGCAAAGGACUGCAAGGCAAGCCUUGGAAGUCGCACUCCACAAGGACACGCUACUAUGAGGCCUAUAUUAGGUCAGAGAGCAGCGGAGCACUUUAUCCCACCAUUCGUCGACAGGAGAGGGGCAAUGGGGACAGCGAUGAAGAGAGAGGCUCAGGCGAGUACUUCAGUGGGGAGGAAUUUCAUGAAGAUGACAUCAUGCUCACAAAGGAAAGGUUGUCCAACAAUGAAUGCCAUGAUGAUGCAGAGGGAGAUUUUGACCUCGUUUCCAGGGGUGACUGCCAGUCUGAAAGUUACUGUGACGAUGAUCAACAGCCAAUCUACCAGGACAGCAGGGCGUCACCCAGGAAAUGGUUUUUACCCUCACCUCAAGCCUCCAACAGACCAACAUUCAACUUUGAGUGUCUUCGGAGAAGAAAUAGUGGAGACGGUGCUCCUCCUUCUCCAUCAUGCACAGCUCUUCCACUACACCUGAUGCAGCAGCAUGUGAUGGCGGUGGCCGGUCUCGACGCAAGCAAAAUUCACCGUCUUUCUCCCACAAGGUCCAUGCGUUCGUGGGCCACACCUCCUGCCUCCCCAGUUAGCCGUGACUUCUCGCCCAGUUACACGCCCCUUAUACAGGUGGAUUGGCGCAGUCCUGGCAGUGUGGCCAGCAUCCCUGGAGCAGUGAAGAGGAGUUCAUGGUACACAGAUAGUCAGGAUGGCCCUCCCAGCCAAAGCCAUUCUCCGUCACGUCUGCAUUUACCCGCAGAGUGCUGCUCGCACUGCCUGCAAAAGAGAGGCAGUGCCAACAGUCUGGUGGAAGCUGUGCUGAUUUCUGAAGGUUUGGGGAAAUACGCCAGGGACCCUAAAUUUGUGUCAGCAACUAAACAUGAGAUUGCAGACGCCUGCGAGAUGACCAUUGAUGAAAUGGAGAGUGCCGCCAGUAACCUGCUGAAUGGGACCAUGGGUAAUGGCAACACAGGGAGGAAAGAGAGCGUUGGCUCGGAUUCGCAUGCCAGUGCAAAUAUUAGGGACCACAGCAUCCGUGACUACAGCGAUGAGGAGCCAUAUGUGGCUGUGAAAUGUGAGGAGGACCUAACAGAUGAGAUGAUAUGCAUCACCUCACUAUAACAGCAGCUCACACUGGGAUAUAUUUAGGAUUUUUUUCAAUUGAAUUUUUACUACUGCUCUACGGUGAGGGGACACCUCUAUUCAAGUGCAUCAUGCAAUAAUGAAAAUGUGUAAACCACAGAUGGAUAAGAGAGCAAAGUGCCUUGUUUUCUCUUAAGAAAUGAUGAAGAAAUGGUUGGGUUUCUGGAAAAUUUAGCAAACCAGAGGGAAUAAAAUCUGUCUGCCAACCAGUCUGCCAUCUAGUGAGAAUUCAAACCUCUAAAUUGAGUUUUUCUUUAUUGUUACACUGGUUUCUUACAGCAGGAAAAACUCAAAUGCAGGUUUUCUAACACAGAUUUUAGGAAUCAGCUUCAGUUCAAGGCGAUAAUGGGUCGGCCCAGCUGCAUUGUUCUAAAAUAAAUCUAAACUGUUUACUCGAUAUAUAAAGAGCCAAAAAACAAAAAGUGUUCCACCGUUUCAAUCAUUUUUAGAUCGCAGUGCAUGAUUUUGUUUUUCCCAAAGAAGCUGAUUUUGUAAAACAAUUUUAGAAAAAUAUCCAAAGCAUUCAACUAACUUACGUUCCAGUUUAGAUGUCUGGAAAAAAAACAAAACCCCACCAGCGCCAGGUCAGCGUAUGGUUGUCCAGUCAUUCCAAGCUUCCCUGUAUUUCGUUGCCAGAUCCAUGUAUAUAAAUAAUGUGUGAUUUUAAACCUUUUAUUGGUCAUGUUAGCAAACACUGGUUGUUCGCAUUACAUUAUUACCUUCGUGACUCGAUUUAGAGUAAAAAAAACUAAAACAAAAAACUUGACAGAAACAGUUUUUUUCUUAGUAGUCUUGAUCACUUAAACUUCUCUGGGUUCACAGUUCAGGAUUUCAGGGCUACGCUUGGCUAUGUCUCUGUUUUUGACUUGAAAAGGAAAUCACAUAUCAGUAAGAAAAAUAACAUGUCUUUGUCCUCAGGCAUAUCCUCCUUCUUCAUGUAAUCGCGGACACAUUCUCUUAAGUCCUCCCUUUAAACUAACAGCAGUGCUACAUUCAAGGAGUUUGAUCAAGCUACACACCCUAAAAAUAAAGGAAUAUUAGGAUGCUGUGUGUCACUCGCUGCUGUGUGUCACUCACUGCCCUUGAUGAUCCUUAACUUUGAAGACUGAGUUUUCUUUGUUAAGCCCUUUACUCAGAUAUGCAAUGAUGGACUACUAUGAAUCACUAUUCCCCCUGAAUCACUCUGAGAUCAGCAACAGUAGAUAAUCUCUGAGGUUUCUGUGUGAUGUGGCUCAAUAGACUCAUGAGUCUCAUAUGUAAAACUAGUGCAUGAGACCCAGACUACUCAUGUUUUAAAAAUAAUUACUCGCUGACAGGAUGAAGUUAUCUUUGGCAGUUCUUGAAGGUGAAACAAAAAUAAAAGCAAAGACCACCAGAGUUUCUUUGUGCCACAGAUGACACAUCAAGUAAACCAUUUAUUUCCUCCACUGCUGCAAAACUCUUUGUUGUUUUUGCAAU